AUGCCAAUUUUUAAAGUUAAACAACCAGUUCUUAGUGAAAUUAUGAAGAAACUAUUAGAACCACAAGAAGUUGUUAUAUCAAGAUAUAGAGAUGCUGAUGGUAAACCCAAGAUAGAUGAAUUUAAAGAGGCUUUGGUUAAAGGUUUCUUUUUAAUUAAAUUCCCAAAAUCAUUUGGUGGUGCAGAGAUUGGCGUAAAUAUUAAAGGUUUACCAAAAGAAUAUACAUUACAUAAUACGACAAGCGAAUGGUCAGUUGAUGGAAAUAGUGUGAAAAUUAUUGGUAAAGUCGAAUUUCAAUCAAUACCCACUAGAUUCCAAGCUUCUUUUCAAUUAAAUACUUUCCAAGGUGUUGGAAAUUUAGAAUUAAUUAAUUAA